AUGGCAUACACUUCAUACUUUGAAGCACUGGAAGAAUGCCAGCUAAGUUCCUUGGAGUAUCGCAGGCUCUAUAAUGAUUUGGUCUUCACGUAUAAAAUUAUUGUUUCCAAAGAAAUUAUCAUGGAGGUUCCAAUUUUCGAAAUAUUUAAUCAUGCUGGAUCAUUGCGACGUCACAAAUACUAUCUCAAAUCACUUAUCAAAAACUCAACAAAAAUAUCUUCUCAAUUUCUCUCUAAUAGAGUAAUCAGAUGUUGGAACUCUUUACCCGCCAAUGUGUUUCCGGUAAAGCCCUCGUCAGCGGCUUUCAAAAAUCGACUAUUAUCCUGUGAUCUAAAACAUUUUCUUGUCUUGAAUUCAACUAAUUACUAA